AUGCUCUCUUGUGCAAAUAAUCUAAAGAGAGCUCUUAUUGUACUUUAUGACAAUUCUGAGAGUCUUUUGUCCUUACGAAUGUUCAAUACAGAGUGGGAAAUAAUUCAAAAACCUUGCAGUUAUUUAAAACCAUUCAAAACAUUAUCUACACUAUUGGAAGGCGAUCAGUACUGUACUCCUCUCCCAAUUGUCGUUAUAGAAAUAAAUAUGUUGUUGGACAAACUGGAACAAUGGGCCUUAGAUUUAGAUGUUAAAGAACAUAGGAAUGAAAUUGAUGAAAAUUCAUUUCUGCUCUACAAUCAUCACGCGGCAAACUUGCCAAACAUUAUAAGCGUACCAACAGGAUGCAUUGUGUUGUAA